CUCUGUCCUAGGAACGGGCUUCCCCAGACACUCUCCCUGGUUCUGACAUGAGUUGUGGCUGCCUGCUGAGUUCGACGGCUGGCAGCCAGAAGCCAGUACCCAGAGAGCCCUGAGGAGUAGCCACUCAGUAGCUACCGACGCCCGGGGCCACCAUGAACUGGCGGAUCUUCGAGGGGCUCCUGAGCGGGGUCAACAAGUACUCCACAGCUUUCGGGCGCAUCUGGCUGUCCCUGGUCUUCAUCUUCUGCGUGCUGGUGUACCUGGUGACGGCCGAGCGCGUGUGGAGUGAUGACCACAAGGACUUCGACUGUGACACCCGCCAGCCGGGCUGCUCCAACGUCUGCUUCGACGAGUUCUUCCCCGUGUCCCACGUGCGCCUCUGGGCCCUGCAGCUCAUCCUGGUCACGUGCCCCUCGCUGCUCGUGGUCAUGCACGUGGCCUACCGCGAGGCCUGGGAGAGGAAGCACCAAGAGACAGCAGGGAAGAACGGUGGGUGCCUCCACCCGGACCCCGGCAAGGAGCGGGGCGGGCUCUGGUGGACGUACGUCUGCAGCCUGGUGUUCAAGGCCGGCGUGGAUGCCGCCUUCCUCCACGUGUUCCACUCGUUCUACCCCAAAUACACCCUCCCCCGCGUGGUCAGGUGCCACGUGGCUCCGUGUCCCAACACGGUGGACUGCUUCAUCUCCAAGCCCACAGAGAAGGACACCUUCACUCUCUUCAUGGUGACCACGGCCGUCGUUUGCAUCGUGCUCGACGUGGUGGAGCUGACCUACCUGGUGAACAAGAGGUGCCGGGAGUGCCUGCUGGCGAGGAAAGCCUGGGCCACGGGCCUGGGCCACCGCCGGAACUGGGCCACCUCUUCCUCCAAACAGGACGACCUCCGCUUGGGCAACCUCAUCUUUCUGGGCUCAGACGCUCCCCCUCCUCUCUCACCAGACCACCCUCGAGACCAUGUGAAGAAAACCAUCCUGUGAGGGGCUGCCUGGUCAGGCCUGGGUUGGAAGGACCCGGCAGCCAAGGUGCAGCCUUGGGGGUGGGAGCGCUGUGCGGGGAGUGGGGACAGGCAAGAGAGAGGGUCCGACGACCCUUUUCCCCAGCUCCUGCCGCCUGCCCCAGCUGUGUGGCCUUGGGCAAGUUACCCCUUGGAGCUGAACCUCGGCUUCCUUUUGUGUACAACGGAGAUGAUGAGGCACCCCCCAACAGGGCUGCCGCUGUGAGGAGGGGCUUAAUACGAGAACGGAUGUGCACAUGCCUUCAGUGUGUGGUGCCCACAGUCAGGGCUUAAUAAAAGUCAAUUCAUUCACCGA